GUGAAAUUGCAUUGCAGGUAGCCUUGGCUGUAGAAUCUAUAUCCAACAGUUCGAUUAAGGCAGUGGACACUAUUGAUUGAGUCCGUCACCACACAACGUGAAAAUGGCAACAACACUUAAUCUUCCAGUUUUCCUCGCACUAGCAGCUCUCAGCAGUCUCCUUGCCAAUGCCGAGCUUAACACCAUCGUCUUCACCCCAACGCAAGAAGGCACUCAAGCCUGCCUGAUAAUCAUACCUGGUGCGGAGAUCUCCGGUGGGCGGUACAAGCCGUUAGCAGAAGCCAUACAGGCCUCCUCACCUCUACAGCUAUGGAUUGGAAUAACCUCUGGGUACAGGAGGGACACCCCGAACCCCUUGGAGCUGACGACUGCAAUUGAUCUUGCCCUGUCUGAUCUGAGGGCUGCUGGGAUGGGCAUCUUUGUGCCGGUGUUUAUGGCGGGACAUUCUCUGGGAGGCGUAUUUGGACAGGACUAUGCGGCAAGCAAUGCUAACCGAGUGGCUGGAAUUCUCUUAUGGGGCUCUUACCUUACCGGUGCUAAUCGAGACCUGGCUUCAUACCCUGUACCUGUGGCCCAAAUAUCAGGUGAACUGGAUGGCUUGACACGCGUCACAAGGUUCAUUGAUACUUACAGUGAAAUGGAAGCAUUAGAGAAGACCACACCAGGAUCAAACCUUCGCAAACCGGUCAUCAUUCUGGAAGGGCUCAACCACGGCCAGUUUGCGUCUGGAGACAUGCCCCCGAACGUAGUGACCAAUGACAUUAAGUCCAAUCUGACCUUUGCACAGGCGCAUGAUUUGAUUGGUCGAGUAUCUAGUGACUUCAUCACGAUUACUUUGGAGGCGGAGCUCAAUGCUACGGGGAGGGUGUUGAAGGCUGUUGAGGAUACUGGGAUAUUUCUUGAGCCGUUGAUGGAAGCAAAGACUGUGGAAGCUGACGGAAGCUGGAUUUCUCGUGGUCAGGAAGCAAUCAUCAAUGUGCCAUCAGAUCUAGCUAAACGCCUCGUCGUCAAAUGCGACCCCUACACCAAUCAGCGUGACUUUGCACAAUCCAAACCCUCCGUCACCAAGGAAUCCACAGGGAUCGUUACAACGAAAGCCAAAUCAAAAGCCAACGCUCCAAGGAACCUUGGGGAUGUUUCACUGACUCCAAACUCUGCGUUUGAGAUCGCAGCUAAGAUGAAGAGACAGGAAGCCGUGAAUGAGAUACUCGGAGGACCUCGGUAUAAUGACACAGUCACAUGUAAAGAGAUCAACAUGAUGGCACUGAAGUGGGCCGAGGGUGUAGCAUCCUCUGCAGCACUGAGUCGCUACGCAACCCAAGGGAGGCAGAUGAAGUUCAAUUCAGACAUUGCUACUUUUACUGGUUCUAGCUGGCUUGAUGAGAAGCUACGUCUGACCUACAAUACUAAUGGUGAUGUUGUGGUAACAUCAGUCUCCCUACUAACAUCCGUCAGCUUCCCCUUCCAGAGCAUUGCUGGCAUGCAGUAUUGCAAGCUGUUGUCUCCGUAUCGCGCCUUGGAAUGGAUCUAUGUGGACAGUCUGCGCCCAUACUAAUCCCUAGGUGAUUAUUAAUCGACGAUUUAUCGGUCAAGAAUCUUCUUACUUAGCUUAAUAAGGAAAUCAUAGUUUUGCAUUUUGGUUGUCUUUUUGUGGUUUUUUUUUUGUGCCAGGAGUGUCAUCCUUAACCGACAUGGUGCACUGGAAGUUUUCAAUAUAUUAUUAAUAUUGUUAAAACACCGAGUCUUCUCACUUCUGUUGCCUAAAGGAGAUUUGCGAGUGUUUUCAAAUUCAGCUCAUAUUGGUUCUUGUCUUUUGCAAAAAUUUCCAGUCCUGUUAAUACUGUAUUAUUGGUAUUACUUUGAAGCAGAAAAAUAUUGCUCAACACAUUUAUUCUCCAAUCUAUAUUAUGAGAAGAAACACUUUAUGUCUCAAGACAUUUUCUUUGUCAUAUUUCUUCUGAGCAAGAUAUGACUGAGACUUACAUAUGUCCUCGUGGAAUCAAUGACAACAAUUAGCUUCUGUAAAUCUGUGCAGCAUUUAUUAAAUACUUUGGUUGUAAUAGUGAUCUCAACCUACUAAUAGGAGACUUUCCAACGCUAGGUGGCAGCAGACAUACCGGGUAAAUUUCCAUUGUUUACGUAGUUCUG